AUGGGGCUCAUAUUGCCUGGAAAGAAAACGAGAGUAGGCGUGGCACUGUUUGUCCAGCUCGCUGCAGCAGCACAUAAUGUCAUCGACCUAUCUCAGCAGCAAUGGACGCUCACGAGCCCAGAUUAUGAAAACAUAACCGUUGCUGGAAAGGUGCCGUCGCAUGCCCACGUCGACCUCUACGAGGCAAACAUAAUCAGCGACCCGUAUGUCAUGCUCAAUGAUUUUGACCUCCGCUGGAUCGGCAACAGUAACUGGACGUAUACCAGCGAAAUCAAAGGGCUGUAUGAUCAUGAGGAUCUGGCCAGCUACCUCGUCUUCAACGGCCUCGACACCUACGCAGCUGUCGAAUUCUGCGGGCAGCACAUUGGAAACGCCGACAAUCAGUUCCGGCAGUGGGUCUUCGACAUCUCCGAGGUUCUUGCAUCAUGCACGUCUCCUCAACCCCAGCUUGCCGUCAAAUUCGGCGCCACUCCCAACAUCUCGGCGGCCAUAGCCGCAGAGCCCGGCCAAGAGACAUGGCCCGAUGGCAUCAAUGAGGUCUAUGAAAUCCCCAACAGGUGGUUUGUGCGCAAGGAACAGUCCGAUUUUGGAUGGGAUUGGGGUCCAGCCUUCGUUCCGGUGGGCAUUUGGCAGCCUGCCUAUCUCGUCCAGCUCGACGGGCCAGGGUCCGUAUAUGUGAAGAACUCGGCCUUUGACCUCUACCGCAAGGGCCAAUUGAACAAUUUACCGCCAGAUCAGGCUGCCGACUGGAUAUUCAACGCCAGCAUAGAUGUUGUUGGGACUAUUCCAGAUGAGGCGCAGAUCAGAUACACGAUUGUGGACUCGGAUUCGCUGGAGGAGGUGAGCAGCGGCAGCCUCAGCGACGUUGAGAACGCCGGCGACGUGAUCACUGGACUUGCAACUCUUGACCCUUCCCAGUACGAAUUGUGGUGGCCGAGCGGCCUGGGUGCACAGAAGCUCUACAAUGUGACCGUCGAAGUCAUAUCCAACAACAAAUCUAUUGCGUCUGUCAAUAAGCGAAUGGGCUUCAGAACCAUUGUGCUCAACAUGGAACCCAUCAGCGAGUUGGAGUUAUCACAGGGCAUCAUCAACGGUAGCAACUUCCACUUUGAGGUCAACGGCCAUGUAUUUUACGCCAAAGGAAGCAACUUCGUGCCCCCAGACCCGUUCUGGCCUCGUGUCACGUUCGAGCAUAUCCGGGAGAUCCUCACUGAUGUGGUGGAUGCCAACCAGAACAUGCUCCGCGUGUGGUCUAGUGGAGCGUACUCACCCGACUUCAUGUAUGAUCUUGCUGAUGAGAUGGGCAUCCUGCUGUGGUGCGAGUUUCAAUUCAGCGUCUCCCUUUACCCUGUUGACCCGGCCUUCCUCGAGAACGUUCGGCAAGAGGCCGUCUAUCAGGUGCGGAGGGCCAAUCAUCAUCCGUCUCUGGCGCUUUGGGCUGGAGGCAAUGAGAUGGAGAAGGAUGAGCUGCCCGCCGUCAAGUCCCGGGCCCCAUCCCAGUAUGAGCGCUACUUGAGCGAGUACUUGCUGCUGUUCCUCGACACACUGCUGCCUACCGUCUAUGGCAAUUCGCACAGCAUCAGCUAUAUGCCUUGUAGCACCAAUAAUGGCUACUUGGAAUUGAACUUCAGUCUGCCCAUCCCCUUUGUCGAUCGCCUUUACAACACGACGCCCGGAUACCUGUACGGAGACAGCGACUUUUACGACUACGAUCCGUCUCACGCUUUCGACAUCAACAAGUAUGUCGUCGGCCGGUUCGCAAACGAGUUUGGCUUCCCCUCCAUGCCCAGCCUCGAGACUUGGCGUGAGGCUAUUCCCGAAGACCAGCUAUUCUUCAAUUCAACCAUGACCGUCUUGCGCAACCAUCACUACCCGCCUGGGAGCCUCACUACCAACAACACGGCUGAUCCUCUGAGAGGAAUGGGCGAGAUGACACGGGGCGUCCAGCAGUGGUACCCAACACCAGCAAAGACCGACACUGUGGCCAACUUUGCCGCCUGGUGCCACUCCACCCAGGUCUUCCAGGCCGACUUCUAUCACACCAAGAUUCAGUACUACCGCGCCGGUUCUGGAAUGCCCCAGAGGCAGCUAGGCUCGCUGUACUGGCAGCUCAACGAUAUUUGGCAGGCGCCAACUUGGUCAACUAGGGAAUAUGAUGGUCGCUGGAAGGUCACCUUCUACGCGACCAAGGACAUAUUCCAGCCGGUUAUCGUUGCUCCGGUAUUCAACGUCACCACAGGCGUCUUGGAGAUAUUUGCCGUAUCGGACCUCUGGAGUGAUGUCUCAGGCGAGGCAAGCUGGGAAUGGAUCGGCUACGAUGGGAAGCCCGUUGGUGACCCUGAAGCGUCCGUUCAAUCACAGAAGUUCACCGUCGGCCCGGUCAACUCCACAGUGUUGUCGAGGAUAAACAUCACCCAACUGACAACCAGCGGCGGUUUGCCGGCAUCUAAUGCGAUCUUGAUGGCCAACAUUACCGCGACUGGCACGUCACCAAACACGCAGGGCACGAAAACCUACUCGCACUCCAAUUACUUCACGGCCACGCCCCUAAGCAAAGCCGAGUUAAUCGACCCUGGCCUGACCAUUCGCCAUGACGGGGAUGCCUUUACCGUCACGGCCGAGAAAGGUGUGAGUGCCUUCACGUGGUUGGCGCUGGACCCGAGUGACGCCGGCGCCAUUGUAACGUUUGACGAUAACGGCUUUUGGCUGCGGCAGGGGCAGAGCAGGACCCUUGGGUAUCGAGUGCAUGGAGAAAGCUCUGGCUGGGAGAGCCGUGUCACCGUGAGCAGUAUCUGGAACAACACCCUUCCUUCGUGA